ACCAGACCAAACAGACAGAGUACGAUUCAAACCUCACUUCUUUAGCAAACCAAAUUAAAACACCAUGAGUACAGCUGGAGUCCAGCAGAAUCGGCCUUUCAGCAGAGCCGUCAGAAAAAUCAAGGUGGCUUCAACGGUGAACAGUCUUGCUAAAAGCUGGCAGAGCUGGGCUAAUAAACACAGCGAUAAACAAGACACCAUACCAAGCGGAUGGAUGCCGGAUACCAUCAUUGAGGACGCCAAGGAGAAGCAGAAGGAGAAGAGUGAGAUGAAACUAUUGGUUACUCCUCGUGUGGUUUCGGUGAUUGGCGAAGAAGCUGCUGAUGACCAGAUUAAGACGGUAAUCGUGACUAAAGCUAUUACGCCGAAGUGUAACGAGUAUGGAAAGGAUUUAGUGAGCGUGAUUAAGGAGAAGAUCAACACCAAUCAGUUGACGACUGAAGACACCAAGAACUUCCUAGGAAAUGAGUCUCCUACUAGGAGACGCUACUGUGGGGGGAAAGCAGGGAGUUUUGUUAAAGCGAUCGGACGGAAAGAAGAAAAUUCGAUGGGAUCUCGAAGUAGCAGUUUGGAUGCUGAUGACAGCGGUCUUGGGGAGGAAGCGUCUCUGAGCGACAACAGCGAUCUGAACGAGAACGAACCCAAGAAACAUGUCAACAGACACAAGAUUAAAGUGACGACGAUGGGUGACCUGCGGAGCCGCUGGCAGCGUUUCGCUGAAGAUCACAUGGAGGGUCAGAAGCUCAACCCGUUCAGUGAAGAAUUCGAUUAUGAUCAUGCAAUGGCCACUCGACUCCACAAGGGCGACGCGGGUUACGGACGACCCAAAGAAGGAUCCAAAACAGCACAGCGCGCCGAUCGAGCCCAGAAACACAUCUACCGCGAGAUGGAGGAGAUGUGCUUUAUUAUACGAGACAUGGGCCAGCAGGACAAACAGGGCCAAAUCUGGGUCACAUUCGGCCGCCUUUUCGACCGCUAUGUCAAGAUCUCUGAUAAAGUGGUGGGCAUUUUAUUGCGCUGCCGCAAACACAAGAUGGUAGACUUUGAGGGCGAGAUGUUAUGGAAAGGACAAGACGAUGAUGUCAUUAUCACACUGCUGGUUUAAGGCUGUUAGCAUAGCAGGAGCUAUCUGACGGUAACUACUGUAUGAUCUUUUGCACAAGCGUCAUUUAGGAACUAUUGCAUUGUUUUUGUUUUGUUUUUUUAAUAUUGAAUUUUAAAUUUCCACUUAGAUAAUACAGAAGUAAAAACAACUACAUUUUGCAUCAAUAUUUAUGACAUCUCUUCUUAUUCAUCAAUCAACACAUUUCCAACAAUUAUGGUAGGUCCCCAAACUCCCUCAAAGAUCUUAUAUAUUUAUCUCUUAAUGUAUAGGUUAUCUUGUUGAUUGUCUUGUUUGUAACCAUCUCUUACAUCCUAUACUUGGUGUUCAUAUAUUUUUCUCUAAUUUAAAGAAAUAAUCCAUUUAGCUUGAAGAAUACAAAUAUUUAUAAAUAACUGUUUUUUAUAGUGUUUUAAUUUAAUUCUGGUUAUUUUAUUUUUGUUGUUUUAAUUAGUUUUUUAAUGUCUUUACAGUUUUAAUUUAAUAUUUUAGCUUUAAUUAUGUUAGUUUUAUUAUGAAUUAAGUGGGAAUAAUAAAAAUUAUUUAUUGACAUCUAUAGCUGAAUUACAGUUUUCAGUUAACUUUUAUUUGGAAAUUAUUUUGUGUGUGUUUUUGUUGUUUAAAUUAAAUGCAAAUUGUUGUUUUUGUGAGAGUAGUAUGCAAAUACAGUAACUUUUCCAACAAAUACACUGAAAAAAUGUACAUAAAAACUAUUUUCACACAGAAAUUUCUUGUUCAAUUUCACAAACGACAAUAACACUUUCACUUAUUUCAUCUUUUGUGCACUCAAGUUUGUUCUUUCAAACAAAGAAGUGUGGCAAGUGCGCUCCAAGAGUGACACACUUGCUUUUCCAGGUGCUCUACAGCUUAAAACAUGCUCCAAGCACAUGUGAUAAGAACCAACCAAUCAGCUUUGCCAGCUUUUAUUUACCUUAUUCCUCACAUACUUUUUGGCUCGAGAUUUCUGGUCUCAUUCACUUCCAUUGAUUUUUAGACAUUAAAAACUGCUCGUUUUGCUGCUUGAUGUUGCAAACUGAUAUUUUCUCAUUAUAUUAUUCUACUUUUUUAUGUAUAGUCAUGAAUACACAUGAUUGUAGAGCAAGCAGUUUGACCGUUGCUGUCGUUUAUUACUCCUAGUCAUGUCUCCCAAAGGAAACUGAAUCAGAGGUUUUAAAACAAUCAGAAAAAACAAGCGCACUUCAGCAUUGCAGAAUUAGGUCAAUAUUAUAUACACAUUUCAUUUAUAAUAGUAGAAUUACCGUAGAAAAAAAUGUCAAUCACCCCUUGUUUUUAUUAAAUCUUUUAUCCAUAAGUAAAAUUUGGUAGGGAAAGUGACGCUCCACAUUUUUCCCACAUGGUUUUAUAUGGGAUUUGUGAACAACCCCUUAAAUGUUAAAACAGUUUUAAAAAUUGUAAAUGAAUGUGGAAAUUUUUAAUUAGAGAAACAGAAAUAGUAUUUUCUUGUAAAACCUACUUAGAAAUUGUAGAAAUUGUAAUUUUUUUUCAAGGACUUACUCUUAAAGAUUCUUUUAUCACUGGAUGAAUCAGCAUUUUUGAACAAAUAUAUUAAUUGAACAAUUCAGUGACAGAAACGUUUUUUUAACGGAUACAUGUCGCCAUCAGUUGCCACAACAGUGUAACUGAUGAUAAAACCUUUAUUUUGAAACAUCAAGUUAAAAAAAACUAAAAUUUUAUUUUUUUGUAAAACCUUUUUUUUUUAAAGGCUUCACUUGUUUCAUUACUGCAUGAAUCAGCAUUUUUGAACAAAUAUCUUGAUUGGACGAUUCAGUGACAGAAACGUUUUUUUUUUACGGAUACAUGUCGCCAUCAGUUGCCACAACAGUGUAACUGAUGAUAAAACCUUUAUUUUGAAACAUCAAGUAAAAAAAAAAAAAAAAAAAAUUGUAUUUUCUUUCCUAAUUUAAAAAAAAUAAAAAUUUUAAGGCUUUACUUGUUUCAUUACUGCAUGAAUCAGCAUUUUUGAACAAAUUUCUUGAUUGGACGAUUCAGUGAUGGAUUCAGUGGCGUUUUUUUUUUUUUUAAAGGUGACAUGUUGCCAUCAAUUGCCAAUAUAACUGAUGAUACAACCUUUAUUUUAAAGCAUCAAGUAACUUAACAUAAUUUGGAUCGCUUCUGUGGACAUAAGUGUCUAAUAUCUGAUCUAUAUGUGUAAUAUUUGGACUCUCAGUAGUGAUUAUUAAACCACACUGAACUGAGCUAAAUUGAACUGAACUUAAACACUACAAAUUGAACUACACUGUUCCAAUUUACUAUGACCUUUUAUGUGAAGCUGCUUUGACACAAUCUACAUUGUAUAAGCGCUAUACAAAUGAGGUGAAUUGAAUUAAAUUGAAUUAAAUCCCAAAUAAAUUUAAUAAUGUUGUAUAACAAAUACUCAUACGGUGUGAUUUAAAAAAACUCAAGCUGUUCCAUAACAACACAUAAACCCUCUGGGUCAAACACCGAGUGAUAAUACAGCUGUGGUCAUUUUUAAUAGACUUGCAAGAACUGCGUCAUUUAGAAAUAUGAUCGCAUGUGUGUCUAAAUCAAGUUUGUGAUCUUUAUUGAUCGUGCAGAUCUACUUUGUAGCAGGUGAAACUUCACAUUUUUUGCUUUGUAUGCAGUUUGAAGACUAUGAAACCUCAAAAUAACCAUUGUUGUUUUGGUACACACUUCCAUAUAAGGUAGCUUGAGUGUAGCUGAACUAUGAUAAAUUAAGAUGCGACACUCAAGUUUCAAAUUAGCCUCUAUUUUUAAUUUUAUAGAGCCAUGAUGAAACAGUAGAGGCUUGAGAUCGUUCCAGAAAACCGAUGAACUUUGAGAUUCAUUUUAGGACGUGAUGUGUUUGGAUUUAGAGCUGAUGGAGGGUCUUGAUGUUUGAGAUGGUGAAAGAUGGACUCUUCACUCACAGUUUAUUCAAGGGGACAGACGCGUCUCGGGUUUGUCUCCGGCCUUUUCUGAAUGCUCAACACUCCACACAUGUUAUGGAAAUAAUCUCAGAUUUCAUACAUGUAAUUUGAACACAGAUCCGUUUAGCCAUGUGAUAAUGAGGUUAGAUUUUUCUUUAUGUUUUGUUGCUGUUAUCAGUUCCCAUAUGAAUAUUUUGUUGUGUUUAAAGCAUUUGCUGCUGUUUUGUUGUUUGUCGCUCAUUGUAAUAACCUCUUUCAAAAUGAAAGCAUGAUGGUCUUCUUACAGAAGCAUUAGUUGUAAAUAUUUGGAGAUAUAUAUGGUCGUGUGUAGAUAAUAAAAACUUGAUUCAUUUAUUUGACGUGGAAUUAACAAUGAAAUAAAACCACAUAUAAAAUUGA